GAAAGGGUCGAAUGCCCCUCUCUCUUUCUCUCUCUUUCUCUCCUUUUCUCGCAUUGACACAUUAAAUUAGCAUAAAAAAUAUGCUCACAAGACUCACAUAGACGCAACACGAACACCGAUUCAUCCCUCUUUCUAUUCUACUACAUAUCUUAUAUUGCCCAUUAGAUUCAAGCUGUCAAGCCUUCUAAGAUUGUCCAUCUUAUACUAAACCCUCUCCCCUUCCUCAGCUCCUCCUCAUUUCAUGCUCCAUGCUUCCUCUUCUCACCAUUCUCCUUCUCCUCCUCUACCAUGGCCUUGAAGAGGAUUUCCCAUCUACUCUUUGUUCUUCUCUGGCUUUCUAUCCUCUUGUUAUUUCUUCAUGAAUACUACAAUGUCAAGCCCAGAAGCAUAAGCUACUACUCAUCAUCAUCAUCAUCAUCAGUCUCUCGCCAACCUCCCAUCAGCAGAAAGGUUCUCUCCAGCAAAUUUGACUUCACCCCAUUCCAGAAACAGCGCCACCGCCACCGCCACCACCACAGCCACCGCCACGGCCGCUCACCGAACAUGCAGGUGCAACCGGAGCCACCUGGAACCGAGAUCGACCCGCGUUACGGCGUCGAGAAGCGGCUCGUCCCGACUGGCCCCAACCCAUUGCACCAUUGAAGAAGAAGGAUAUACAUGAUGGGAGGUGGAGGAAAAUCUGAAAAUGGUUAGUGAGAGAGGUUUCAUAUUUACUUGUAUGAUUACAUUUCUUUUUCUUCUUCUGUCCAAGAAACCUUUAUUCAUAUCAUAUGGAUCAUAUAUGUGGUAUGAUCUUGUGAGUGUGAGCUUGUAAAUGAAUAUUGUUUCCAUAACAAAGAAAAAUUAAGGAGGGGAAUAUAUCGGAUUUCAGGCUUUAAUUAA